AAGUAUUUUACGUUCAUUCGCACUAACAUUUUUACAAAUGGUAUUGUUUUAUUUAUAUCCGACCAAAAUGGCUUCUAUAUAAACAACAAAAAUAAAUGGUGAAUUAACGAAAAGUUGAGUGGUCAACUACAAGACAUGCCGAAACAAUUGCCAUUUGUUAUCUAAGUAAUUAUCUGUGGUUCAACCUAAUGAGUUCGGUAAAAACUGACCACCAACGUGUGUAUAUAUAUACACGUGUAUGUGUGUGUGUUGCAUAGUGUAUACAACACGAACGAUGUUGGUGAACAUGUAAUAAAUAUAUAAUUAUAUAUUUCGAGCAGUAACCGUAUAAAGGUAUUAGUGUAAGUAAAUGUGAUUUCACAUCUUAAUAAUACGUCAAUGCAGCUCAGUCACUAUAAAAUUUCUGCUGUGGAUUAUGCGCCAACAUUUUGUUUUUCUUCAUUUGAAAAUAUUGCCAACUUAUACGUGCUAUGGACAUGAUUUAGACGCUAUAUAUCAAUGAACUUCUGAGCAGAGUAUAGCCUUAUGCUAUUGUAAUGCAAAAGUGGUUUCACUGUUAUGGAUAUAUGGAUUCACAUGCCUUGUAAUAUCCAUGUUGAAAAACCUCUAAAGAAGAUAUCCAGCAUCUCAACAUAUUGCAACAUAUCAAGAUGAAAGAGAUCUGUUAUGCAAGCUGACAAAGAACAGUGCAGGAUGCUGCUCCUAACUUAUUUGUAUGCAUGAAGCAAGCUUGUUAUUCAAAUGGUCACGAAAUCUGCUGCUUUCAUGGAACUUACAGGUUCUGAGAAUGCAGCAGGAGUCACAACAGCAACAUCUACCACAACAACAACAACCACAGUUGCAGCAACAGCAUACACAACAGCUGUUACAGCAGCAGCAGCAGCCACAUCCAACUGAUGAUCAGGAGGAGAAGGAUGAUAUAGAUGAAGAGAUUGAAGAUGAAGAAUUUAUUGAUGAGGACUGUGAGGAAAGUGGGGAGCGUCGGAGUCGUACAGGCUCAGGCCCCAGUGGGCGCACAGUCACACUGCAGAUGUUGCUUGCAGCGGGCAUUCUAGAGCCCGGUGAGGGAACGAUGGCCAUCGAGUACCUGGGUCAGAGGUUUAUAGGAGACUUGCUUCCUGAUGGCAAAAUAAAAUCACAAGAAACAGACAUUGUAUUUGCAUCUCCAAGUGCAUGGGCUAUUCACUGCAAGAGGAUUAUCAACCCAGAAAAAAAAUCUGGUUGUGGCUGGGCAUCUGUGAAAUACAAGGGGAAGAAAUUGGAUGCAUAUAAGAACACAUGGUUUAAGAAGAGAAAGCAAGACCAGAAUAAAGAAAUUGAAGUUUCAGAUGAUGAAGAUAUGGAAAAAGAGAAAGUAAUGAUGGCUCCAGCUCCAGUUCCUAGAGUUGUAAUCAAACACAGUAUGAUUGGCAGCAGAGCAAUGAAUCAUGAUCCCAAUACAUUGGUCGAAAGUACCGCAUUCUCAACAAUGGGCAAAAUCCAGCCAUUUCUUGUGUCCAUGUCAACAAAUGCGGUGCUGGUUAUGGACUUCCACUGCCACUUAACGACAUCAGAAGUAGUUGGCUAUUUUGCAGGACACUGGGAUGUUAAUGCACAUAACCUUGCAAUCACACAUGCAUUUCCAUGCCGUUCGCGACUUGCGGACAGAGAAUUGGCUCCGCUGGUGGAAGCCGAUAUUUUCCGCGCCAUUGAGCAACGGCACUUGACUCUGGUUGGAUGGUACCAUUCCCACCCAUUUGCUGCUGCCACCCCGACACUUCGAGACAUAGACGCACAACUCGACUACCAGAUCAGGAUGAAAGGCAAUAGCGAUGCCAGUUAUACACCUUGUGUUGGUGUUAUCUGCUCUCCGUAUAAUCAUGAUUGCCCAAGUCUGGAGUCAUCAAUUGUCAGUUACUGGGUGAUGCCUCCACCUGAGACGAAGCCUCAUGAAUAUGGGAAACCAAUGUUGAUGAGUUAUAGUGUGGUCCAAGACCAGUUUCUAUCACAGGAUGCUCUCAAUGAAAUGAGACGGUGUGUGAAUUUCUACCAGAAUGAAAGGGAUUUUGUGAAGUUCAAUGAGAAAUUCAAAGGCAGUAUUACCUACCUCGACAAGCUAAAGACUACACUAACAUCCAAAUUUCCCCGAGAUCAAAGUGAUGGAAUUCUCUGGGGUUUUAUACGUGAAAUGGUUUGUCCAGGUUCAAGCAGUACUGAGAAUGGAAACAGGGUUUUUAGCCCCCCAGAAAUCCCUGUUGCCAUAAGUACAACACCAGCACCACUGGAACGUAUAAAUCUGCUGGUACCGAAUGUCGUCCCAAGCUCCAUGCAGCCUGUCAACUCUAACAGCACUAGCACUACUAGCACUAGUACGUCACCAUCUAUGACAGUUGGAAUGGGUCCAGCAGGAGGACUCAUGAUGGGAUCAGAGAUUGCCAAUGCACUGUUUGCAACUGGGAAAUUUCCAUCACCAUCAUCCCUCAUGGGUCUUGGUACUGAUCCAGGCCGGGCUAGUCUUGCCAUGAGCAACAUGUUCAUCUCGCCAAUCGGCUUCAAAAUGGAUCAGAUUAGUAUCCUUAAACCUCUCUCUAUCUCCACUGCAUCAACUCCAACAACUUCUUCCUCUAGUUGCAAUAAUAAUAGUACUAAUAACAAUAACAACAACAACAAUAACACUAGUGGUAGUGUCACAAAUAGUCCAAUUCCUGGUCCCUCCAAAAUUGCAGAUGUUACAUCUCCUAGUGUGAAGGUAACUCAGACUGAUUUGGGGUAACUUCACGGCGCUAGUAAGUCUCAAAAAGGACCGUAUAAAAACAGCGAGCGGACAAGUACUCUAAUCGAGAAAGUGAAGUACCUCGUAAAAGUCUUUUCAGGCAACGAGUAUGGAAUUGAGUUUCCAGUUUUUUCGACACUGUCUCUGCCUCCGUCAUCAUGGAGACGGUCUUUGAAAUGUGAACUAAUAAAUUACUCACUCAGCUGAUUUCCUGAUGAGACCCACAGUGUGCAGUCAUCAUGGAGGAAGCUCAGUCACUCACCCUAUGGUGCAGGAGAUUCUUUGAAAAGUUGAUUGUAUACUCGGCUCGUCAAAGAAUAGCCCACCUUCUUUAUUGAACCCAAAGGUUCAUCACUGUGUUCACAAAAGCCUCCCACCACAUUCUAUCCUGAGCUAUCUGCAUCCAGUUUGCGCUGUCGAUUCCUAUCUCCCUAAGAUCCAUCAUAAUGUUAUCCUUCCCAGUGGUCUCCUCCCUUAAGGCCUCCCAACCAAUACCUUUUAAACACCCCUUCCCUCCCCUACGCAUGUCUCCGAAUACUUUGUAGUACCAGUGAUAUACGUAAAUAUUCAUCCUAAUCUCCAUUCACUUUCUUCAAAAUGGAUGUAAACAAAAUACUGCACAGAGGAGAAUUGAGGAGGCCGUGGACCGAAUACGGACCGGAGAGCCAUAGAAGAAGAAGAAGAGAAAUUGUAUUCUUCCACAGUAAUCUGCCAUUGUUGGUGUACGCUGGGAGACGGUAUCACGGUUCUAAGCUGUAAAGUCAUACCCUACAUCUCGUACCUCAUUGGACACACAAAUUAUGCACCAUUAGGCAAAUUUCAAAAUAUAUCAGUUUAUGUUAUUCUAAGUUGUCAGAUAAUGGACCAGUUCCUUGAUGUCGGUCUUGGUGCUCGAGAAAAGAGCCAAUUUUAAAGCGUUCCGAUGAUGGUGUGCUACACUCGGGAUUACUAAAUUCUUGGACUCUGUCCAUCGUCUGAUAUUCAAAAGAACAUUUCGGAAACCGGAUCUGUUUCCGCCCUCUUUCUAACGGACACAACUGAGUCCUCUUCCCUUUUUUCACCUGAGGAUGCAGUAUUCUCUGGCCUGAACUACUUCAGUUGAUUCAUGUCCUUGGUCAGGAUUAGAGUUAUUAAAUGUCCAAAUUUCUCCAGAUAUAUGACUACUGAGUAUUGCGCUGGCAGCGUAGCGUGGCCUUUCUGCUAUGUGUUCACUGUGUCGCUUGCCAUGUUUCCUAGUCGUAGUGGCACAGGUGCUAAAUAUCUUCGCUGUUUGUAAUAUCAUCACAUAACAUUUCCAUUUCACAACCUUCCAAAAUCAACAUGAAUAUUAUUUCUAGUAUUCGGUACCACACAAUAUCUAAAGUGGAGAAAGUAUCGUGAAAUAAACCAAGACCAUCUCUACAAUGAGAUUAUUUUUUGUGUGGAACUGUUUUUUGUGCAGAGAGAUCGGCAGAUGACCACAACAGGGCUAGUAAGUAUUGAUUCAUUGGAAUGCAUGAAAAAUGUCUCAGUUUGGAGAGACUUUGCUUGACAUUUGUAACCGGGACCUUCCAAAUGCCAGAAUUUGUCUCUAGGGAAUCUAGUGAUGCUAGUCUUUAGGAAACUUCACUCAUGAAAGUGCUCUGUAUUCCUUGAUGUAUUUCUAUUUAUGAUCUUGUACGCAGAGCCAAGAGUACUUGUUGUGUUUAAGUUAAACCAGGCUUGAUAUUAAAUGUAGCAUGUUCUAUUACUUUUUGAAAUGUCAUGUCAAUUCUAAUUUCAUGAGACUUAAUUGGUCUUUUUUUGUACUAAAUAAGUGCUCGAGAAGUAAUUGUUCUAAACUAAUUUAUAUGGUGAUGAUUUUGUUUCAAGAUGUACAGGUUGUGAUAAUUACUUUAUUUUUUAUUUGUCGCCAUAAUGGAAUUUCUUUUUACAUGUUCUGUGAGGUCCAAGGCAUUUUUUCUGAUAUCUUUAUUUUCAUGGGCAGUAUUACAUUUUUGUAUAUUGUGUUAUAGAUAAUUUUUUUAUACUUGAAAAUGAGAUGAAUAGUGUGUUCAUGAGGUAUUAAUUUCAAUGUACCAUUUUGUCUGAAAUACAUUUUUGAAUCUUGAA